AUGUCCGACUCACGGCUACCAGAACUACUGCCCAGACGCAGACGCCAACACACCUUCUCAACAACAGACAUCGACAUCCAACAACUACUCACCAUCUUCAACAUCAGCCCAGCCAAUCCCAACACCCCCUUCUGGCUCCUAGACAAAGAAGAAAUAGUCUUCCAAUCAGAUGACAUCGGUACCACCUCAACCUAUACCCUAUACUACACUGUAUCAAAAACUAACAGCCCAGAACGCAUCCUAAAAUCCCACAACCCAAUAACACGCUCCCUAUCCCUAGGCAGCGUCCGCGCAAAACUCCGCCUCAGCACGAUCAUAGGACUCACCCUAAACCAAGCCCGGUUAUCAGAAUGGCAGUACGAUUCGCACGAGGCCUUGCAGAGAGUAGAAAGUGUGGGAUCGAGACGAGAAAUCGGGGUGGACGCAAUGUAUGAGAAAGAGAUGCUUGCUGUGCUUGGGGGAGAGGGGAGUCAGGAUGAGGUGCUUGGGAUUAUAAACAUGGAUGGCAGCGAGACUGUCUGCUUCCUUCCCAUAAGAUUAUAUGAGAAGUAUAUCGAGUACUUUUUGCAAUCGCGCAACCCCAAGCCCUUCCCAUCGUCUGAAUUUCCGUCGAUAACUGCUCUAUGCGAAGCGGUUCUACGUCAUUUCUCCCAAAAGAGUCUCCUGAGGACGCAUGAACCAUCGGCAUUCAGCACACCAGAAUUCAAGUUCCACGAAGAAUGGUAUAGAGCGUUCAACUGCUUGGUUGGUCGCGGUGUUGCUCUCUCCAGUGAAUGGUCAUUUGCCGGGGAGGGUUGUGUCGACUUUAGGAUUAAGGAACGAGGAUGGGGAAUUGAGAUAGUUCGAGAUGGAGACAGGCUUGACGAGCACUGCGAGUAG